GCUUCCUCUGAAGCGCCUGGCUGUCCAUAAGCUGCUAACUGUUUCUUUUAUUUCUCCCCAUUUCAUGCAUACAACGGGAAAGUAGUCAUUAAUCAAGGAUAUAGAUAUCACUGUGCAGUGAAAAGUCAAGGAAUACACUUGUUUUGGACUUAUAUCGACGCUUUGGCACGUUUGUUCAGGACUUUAGCUGCAGAAGCUAGCAGGUUGAUCCGAGUGGAGGCAGCGGCGCUCUGGCAGCCUGAGCUGAUUUUACUGUGCUCCCAUGGACAACAAGAGUGUGAUUAUCUAAUCAACACUUGGUCUCAUGGCUCCCCUCUCGCCUUGACCUCUUGGUUCAACCAGGAUCAAAAAUGAGCGUAAGCAGUGAUGAGGUCAAUUUCCUGGUGUACAGAUACCUGCAGGAAUCAGGCUUCUCCCAUUCAGCGUUCACCUUUGGCAUAGAGAGCCAUAUCAGCCAGUCCAACAUCAAUGGAGCUCUGGUGCCCCCUGCUGCCCUCAUCUCCAUCAUCCAGAAGGGCCUGCAGUAUGUGGAGGCUGAAGUCAGCAUCAAUGAGGACGGUACCCUGUUUGACGGGCGGCCGAUCGAGUCGCUGUCCCUGAUUGAUGCGGUGAUGCCGGACGUGGUGCAGACGAGGCAGCAGGUGUAUAAGGAUAAGCUGGCUCAGCAGCAAGCUGCCGCUGCCUCCAGUGCCUCAGCAGCCAGUGCUGCCAAGAACGGAGAGAACACGGCUAAUGGAGAGGAGAACGGAGCGCACACAUUAGCUAACCACCAUUCAGACAUGAUGGAGGUGGACAGGGCGGUGGAGAUCCCAGCCAGUAAAGCCAUGGUGCUGCGGGGCCAUGAGUCUGAGGUCUUCAUCUGUGCAUGGAACCCUGUCAGUGAUCUGCUGGCGUCUGGAUCUGGAGACUCGACUGCGCGGAUCUGGAACCUGAGUGAGAGCAGUGCUGGAGGGUCCACUCAGCUGGUGCUGCGUCACUGCAUACGGGAAGGGGGGCAGGAUGUUCCCAGUAACAAAGACGUCACCUCACUGGACUGGAACAGUGAAGGUACACUUCUAGCCACAGGAUCCUAUGAUGGAUUUGCCAGGAUAUGGACUAAAGAUGGUAAUCUUGCCAGUACACUGGGGCAGCACAAGGGUCCCAUAUUUGCUUUAAAGUGGAACAAGAAAGGAAAUUUUAUCCUCAGUGCAGGUGUUGAUAAGACCACCAUAAUUUGGGACGCUCACACAGGAGAAGCCAAACAGCAAUUUCCAUUCCAUUCAGCUCCUGCUCUGGACGUGGACUGGCAAAGCAACAACACAUUUGCCUCCUGCAGCACGGACAUGUGCAUUCACGUGUGUAAACUGGGCCAGGACCGACCAGUCAAGACAUUCCAGGGCCACACAAAUGAAGUCAAUGCCAUCAAAUGGGAUCCAACGGGGAAUCUCCUGGCAUCCUGCUCUGAUGACAUGACGCUUAAGCUUUGGAGCAUGAAACAGGACACUUGUGUUCAUGACCUGCAAGCCCACAGUAAGGAGAUCUACACCAUCAAAUGGAGUCCUACUGGACCUGGAACCAACAACCCCAAUGCCAGUCUUAUGUUGGCCAGUGCAUCAUUUGAUUCAACGGUGCGUCUGUGGGACGCAGAGCGUGGGGCCUGCAUCCACACACUGACCAAACACCAAGAACCCGUCUACAGUGUGGCGUUCAGCCCAGAUGGACGCCACCUGGCCAGCGGUUCCUUCGACAAGUGUGUCCAUAUAUGGAACACUCAGAGUGGUGCUUUAGUCAACAGCUACAGAGGGACAGGGGGCAUUUUUGAAGUAUGCUGGAACUCCAUUGGCGACAAAGUGGGCGCAAGUGCAUCAGAUGGAUCGGUUUGUGUAUUAGACUUGAGGAAAUGACGCUGCCGUUGGGAAGCCAUGGACCGACUACGAAUGUGUGCAUAGCCAAAUUUAUUGACUGUCCCUGGCCCAUCAUCCACUGCUGUAGUCCACGAGUGAGAUCCUGGACCAACAGUCUCUCUCAGCCCCGUCAUAACACAGAGCGGAUCCGUGACGCUUACCACACAUACACACACAAAAGCAGUGUGAUCAAGGACUGUUUUAUACAGACAUGCAUAACAUAUGAGAAAUAAACCACCUUUGCACAUGCACCAUAUAUGCCAUCAUUAGUUCAUCAUUCCAAACCCCUGAGCUGAGGUCCACACUGAUGUUGUGUACAUAUUGUACACAUCAGUGUUACAUAGGAAGGUUUUUAUAUUUCAUUAUGUGUAAUUGCAUGAGCUAAAGAGCAGAGCUGUUGAAUAUGGCAAGUUCAUGGUCGUAUGAUGUUGACAAUUCAGAGUAUUGUAUUGGCACUGUAUGUUUAGAAACUUUUGGAAAUGUUCUCCAAAAAUUCUCAAGGACUUUUUUUGUUUUUUGUUUUUUUGCCAAAAAUUGAGAGAGAAUUUGAUUAUUUUUUUUUUUAAAUAUAGAGUGAUAAGAGUACAGAAAGCCUAUUAAAUCACUUACAGAUAUAUUUUCUAAAACGAAUGCCCUGUGUUAUUUGUACAACCUAUGCAACUAUGUGCUUAGACAAAACUGAACAUUCAUUGCAUGGAGGGGUGUAACUCUUCAUGGAGAAACUAAGUCUACAGGCUCCUAGAUGAAGCCUGUUCAAGAUAGAUAAUAGGCCCACCCUAAAUACGCAAUAGCUAUCAGGCUAUACAUAUUUUGGGGGGGGGUGGGGGUGGAAAUCCCUUAAUUAUCCUUUCAUUAUCCUCAAAAGGGAUGUAGGAUACUUAACGUGUGAAAAUUGUCACUUGGCUCACUUUUACACAAUCUAUCAUAAAUGUUUUUUUCCCAGUGAAAGGCCACACAGAACACGCUACUGCUUUCUCUGGUUUGAUUAUCUUUUUUUAUGGUUACGUCUGUCAUUUCCUGAAUUCCAAAUGACCGUUGGAUUUGGUCAUUAUACACUUUUAUUUCAGUACUGCAUUGAACUAGUUUGUGUGUGACUGUAACAGCCUUAGUUGUUAGGGCUUCAUGUGAGGUAUAAAUCUAAUGCAGCAUGGAGUGAUUAUCAUGGGACAGUGCAGGGAAGUGGACAACCUGUUUGAAUCAGACAGUUUGGUAGUCCUAAAUCAGGUUGAGGUGGUGCUGCUUUUGUGUUAUGUUUUGUAUUAUUGUAAAAUUACAUUAUUGCUUCUUGUAAGUGUGGAUAUAAACAGAGACUGACACAGAGAAACAGUUUAACAUGAAUACAAAAGAUGUGACCACAGGGAUUUUCUCUUCUACAUGCUACUGGAUUUUAAAGUAAACUCUUUGUUUAUGGUUGGGAUGUAUCUCCACCUGGGUUCUUCAUGAUAAUGGCACAUUGAUUUUUUUUUUUUUUUUUUAAGCUGUCACAUGUUUUUAAAAUGCCAUUAGACAGUCAUAGUCUACAAAAGCAGUUUUUCCCAGCACACUCAUGUAUGUCACCUCCAAGCACUUUAGACAUACUCUCAAGAAAUCCAAUGAGCACUUAAAACAUCUUUAUCUGUUGGACUGAAAUUACUUGAGUGACAUUAAACAUUUACUUGAAAACAAACCAGAUCUUCUAAUAAUUGUUAUAUAGGGCAGUGUGGCUGAUUUCAACUAAUGUAAUGCUCUCUUCCCCCUUUUAAGAUAUUUUUUAAAAAAAUACACAGCCCAAAAUGCUAACAAAUGCCUUUUUUCUCCCUAAUGAUAAACUAUAAUCUGAAUCCCCCUCCAAAGAAUAUCAAAGUGUCAUGCUUUUUCUCUCUCUCUUUUUUUUUUUUUUUAAUAGAGAUGAUUAUUUUAAAGCUUGUUCAAAAUAAUCAACAGUAAGUAGAUUGUAUGAAAAUGUGUUAUUUAUUAUAUUGUCUAUGACAGUGGAAUGGUAUUUUAUAAUGUUUAAUUUUAAAGAGGUACCCCUUUUUGACGGUGUGUGCAAGUGUUUGCUUCUUGCUUGGCACUCUGCAUACUAUUUCCACGGGCCUUUGAAAUUUUGUACUUUUAGACUUUUUUUUUUUUUUAGCUUUAGACAACAGCACGUACAUGGGCAUAUCAAAACAUCUCAUACCAUGUAAAUAGUUCUUCAGUGUUUUUUUUCCCCCUCUCAUUUGAGGUAAUCUUUAACUUGACUCUCUUUUUCUCUCCUGUUUUGCUCUUUAGCAGAAUCACUUACUGCAAUGUUGAUUUGACUAUUGUGAUUUAAGUCAGAUCAAUUGAAAAGUCCAGAAUAAAAUUUAUUUUGAUAA